CUGGCUGGACGAUCCAUGUCUUGGUGGCCUAUUGGAGCAUCCCUGAUGUUGAUGGAUGUGGGCAGUGGUUCGUUCAUCGGCCUGGUGGGCACGGCAGCAGCUGGAGCCCUCAUGGUUGGGGGCUUCGAGUGGAAUGCCAUCUGGCCACUGCUGGCUCUCGGCUGGAUCUUCGUGCCAGUUUACAUCACAGCAGGAGUUGUCACCAUGCCUGAGUACCUGAAGAAGAGGUUUGGAGGGCAGAGGCUACAAUUCUACAUGUCUGUGCUGUCCCUGAUUCUCUAUAUAUCCACCAGAAUAUCUACAGACAUUUUUGCUGGAGGAUUGUUCAUCCAAACUGCUUUGGGCUGGAACCUCUACUUGUCCACUGUGAUCCUGCUAGCAGUGACUGCUGUCUAUACCAUAGCUGGGGGUUUGGCUGCUGUGAUUUACACAGAUGUGCUGCAGACCCUGAUCAUGGUGCUGGGAGCUUUGGUCCUCAUGUUCGUAGGAUUUGAAAAAGAUGGCUGGUAUGAAGGACUUAAGGAGAAAUACAGCACAGCAAUACCAAAGAUCACAGUCCCAAACACAAACUGUCACCUCCCACAUGCAGAUGCCUUUCAUUUUUUCAGGGAUCCCAUCACAGGAGACAUUCCCUGGCCUGGCCUUAUAUUUGGUCUCACGGUGGUGGCUCCUUGAUGCUGGUGCACUGACCAGGUGAUGGUCCAGAGGUCUCUUUCUGCCAAGAACCUCUCCCAUGCCAAAGGUGGAUCUGUGCUGGUAGGAUAUCUGAAACUCUUCCCUGUGUUUUUCCGUGUCAUGCCAGGGAUGAUCAGCAGAGCUCUUUUCCCAGAUGAAGUGGGCUGCGUGGACCCAGACAUCUGCAAAAGGAUCUGUGGAGCUGCUGUGGGUUGUUCCAACAUUGCCUACCCCACACUGGUCACUGAGCUCAUGCCUGAUGGGCUCUGGGGUUUGAUGAUUGCAGUGAUGAUGGCAGCCCUGAUGGGUUCCCUCACCUCCGUUUCCAACAGCAGCAGCACCCUCUUCGUCGUGGACAUCUGGCAGCGGCUCUGCAGGCAGGCCUCCGAGCAGCAGCUGAUGGUUGUGGGCAGAGUGCUCACCCUUAUCCUUGUGGUCAUCAGCAUUCUCUGGAUCCCAGUUGUUCAGUCAGCCAACAGUGGAAAGCUCUUUGCCUACAUUCAGCCCAUAACCAGCUAUCUGUGCCCACCAGUCACAGCCCUCUUCAUCUUGGCAAUCUUCUGCAAGAGGAUUAAUGAGCCUGGUGCUUUCUAGGGCCUCGUGGCUGGGCUUGCUGUUGGUCUGGUUCUGGUUCGGAUGAUCAUGGAGUUCAUUUAUAGCACCCCGUCCUGUGGGGAGCAGGACAGGGGACCAGCUGUGCCCCCAUCUGGGUACCAAAAUUCCCCAAGAUCUGCCCUUUCCUGCUCCUGCAGUGGCUAG